UCGGUCUCCGUCUUUAGGGUUUGCGGAAGUGUGACUCAGACUCACUGACGAACUGAGAGCGGAAAUAAAAGAGAACUCAAACCGUCAUGUUGAGAUUAAAGAACCUCUCUGGUCACCUGUUUCCUCCCCCUGACCACAAGGGGGCGCUGUGCAGGUCAGACUGCGGCUCAGGGACCGGGGCCUCGUGCAGCAAGGACCCGGAGGAUGUGGUGGUUGUUCACGGCCUGAGGAGCGCCAUCUGCAGGGCGAAGAGGGGAUCGUUCAAGGACACCACUCCUGACGAGCUACUGAGCGCGGUCAUGAAAGCUGUUUUGACGGAUGUUGGCCUGUCAGCCGAUCAGCUGGGGGACAUCUGUGUAGGUAAUGUGUUGCAGCCGGGAGCCGGAGCUCUGAUGGUCAGAGUGGCUCAUUUUCUCAGUGGGUUUCCAGAGACAGUUCCCGUCUACACCGUGAACAGACAGUGCUCCUCUGGACUUCAGGCUCUUUUUAAUGUAGCAGGAGCCAUCAGAAGUGGAUCCAUCGACCUGGGCCUCGCCUGCGGUGUGGAGAGCAUGUCUCUGCGUACGAUGGGGAACCCUGGAGAUCUGAGCUCCAGGCUGAUGGACAACGACAAGGCCAGAGACUGCAUCAUGCCCAUGGGCCUCACGUCGGAGAACGUUGCAGAGAGAUUUGGAAUCUCCCGAGAGAAACAGGACGCCUUCGCUCUGAGCUCCCAACAGAAAGCGGCCCGGGCUCAGGACAUGAACCUGUUCCUCCACGAGAUCGUCCCCGUCUCCACCAGGCUGCUGGACGACGCAGGUGUAGAGCGGCAGGUCACGGUUCUGAAAGACGACGGCAUCAGACCUGGAACCAGUCUGGAAGGACUGAGCAGACUGCGGCCGGCCUUCAAACCCGACGGCAGCACCACGGCAGGUAACUCCAGCCAGGUGAGUGACGGAGCAGCGGCCGUGCUGAUUGGCCGCAGGUCGGCCGUGGAGGCUCGGGGUCUGCCGGUGCUCGGGGUCCUGAGGGCGAGCGCCGUGGUCGGGGUUCCUCCUGAUGUCAUGGGAAUCGGACCUGCGGCUGCCAUCCCUGCCGCUCUGCGACAAGCUGGACUGACGCUGGACGAUAUCGACGUGUUUGAGAUCAACGAGGCGUUUUCCAGUCAGGCCGUCUACUGUGUGGAGAAGUUGGGGAUCCCCCCUGAGAAGGUGAAUCCUAACGGCGGCGCCAUCGCCCUGGGUCACCCGCUGGGCUGCACCGGGGCCCGGCAGGUGGUGACGCUGCUCAACGAGCUGAGACGCAGAGGAAAGAGGGCGUACGGGGUCGUGUCCAUGUGCAUCGGGACCGGGAUGGGAGCGGCGGCGGUCUUCGAGUACCCGGGACCAUAGGAGCUGUGGUUCUCAUCCGUGUCAUUAACAACCAAUCAGGUGUGAGCAGUGAGCCGAGCUGCAGAUGAUCCAUCGACAGGAAACCAGUCGUCAGAAUCUGACGUUUGAGUCGAGAACAAACUGCUUCAGGAAGUUUUGCUGCUUUUGUGUCAGAAAUAAUAUUUUUCACUAUUUUCUGAAAUGUUACGAUUGAAACGUGAUUGUUUUUUCCCGGUGUUUCUUUUUAAGUUCUUUGAAGUUAAAAAACACUGAAGCUCAGUUUACACCAGACGAGCUGACCAAUCAGAGACUUUGUCAGGAGGGUGUAAAGAGACAGAGGCUGAAGAGAGGAGCUGCAGCGACAGACAUUAGAGAUGAAAACAUUUUAGUUUUAACAUUAAUUAAAAUGAUCAACAUGAACAGAAUGUUUCUUCUUUAAAUUGUACAACUUUAUUAACAGAUACAAUUACUGUUUUCUAACAGACUGUAAUAAAGAGUUUAUUCUG